AAUCCAAAGAGCAGGACCAGAGUGAAGGGUAUGUGUCAGAGAUGGAAGACCAGCGUUCUUCAGGUGAGUGUGAUGAUAGCUUCAGCAUCCAGGAGACUCCUCUGGUGGAUAUCCUUUUCAGCCAUGCUACCUCCUCAAAGCUGUAAGUAUAGACUUUUAUCCCAUGUUGUUAGGAUUAAUACUUUUACAUCUGUUUACGCCUACUUGAAUUUGUUGCCACGGACAUUGAUUACUUUUGUAAAUUGAAAAGUAGAGAAUUAGAGCUCGAAAACACUAGUAAUAUAAUUAAAUAUAAUUUUACUGUAUAAAUAGCAGUCUAUAUGCUUUCAUCUUAUAAAACAAGACUGUUUUAUCAACAUUAAGAAUCUCUUUCAUAAGUAAUCCUUUUCUCUGUAUUUAUUCAGGAAACGUUGCUGAGUCAGAUUGUCACUCAAGUCUACUAUUAUACAAACUAUACUUUUAAAAAUACUAAAACAUCUCCUACUAACUUGAAAUUAAAAAUUAUUUUUAAGUUAUUAUCGCCCUUGUUCCUUUUUCACACAUCUUGGGAAAUUGUUUAUAUAAUUAUCUGAUUUUAACAUAAAUAACUAUGGGGCCAGAGGUCACAUUUUAGAAUCUUAAUUUUUUUCAGUAAAGUGAAUUUCUUUUUAAAUCAGAAAAACAAAGUUAUUUUUGUUAUGUAACAAAUAGUUCAUUUUCUGGGCCUAGUUUUGUGUCUAAGUUUUGAGAGAAGAUAGUAUGAACUGUUUUUUUUUCUUUGAUGUAUCCCAGAUCCACCCACAUUAUCUGUGGGGAGGCAAACCAGUAAUUAUUUUAGCCUUCUUUUGUUUAAGGUAUACAACUGAACCAUGCAUAUAUAUUUUUGUAAAUAGCAGAUUACAAAUUUUUGUUACACAAAUAGAAUGCAGCUAAAAACCUAGCUUGUUGAAGAAUUGCUUCCUUUGCUUUUCUAUAACUCCGUUUGUGAGUAUGAGCAGAUGGCAUAUGAUGACUAUCCCCAAAACGGGAAAUCUUUAAUAAUCUGGGAUGUUUUAUCUCAUGACAUUUCAGCAUCUUGAAACGCAAACACCACACUCUUAUCUUAGAAUUUAGGUUAAACAUGAAAUCUUUAUUAGAAAGCAGUAGAUAUUAGUAAUUGAGUCUGCUUGGCUAGAUCGCUUAAGGGGAGAUAGGCAUUUGAGUUCUUGUGCUAUUUGUGCUACUAGGGAACCUUAAAACUACUUUGAAAGAUAGACAUUCCCUAGGCCCCUCUUUUCUGGCUUCUUCCUUAGUCUGUACUGACUCUCAGGAGUAAAGUAGAACCUUUGGAGUACCAGUCUAAGUGCAUAUCCUUUCCACUCCCACACUUUCACUUGUAGUUGCUUGGCAUGCAUUUCCAAAUAGAUGGAAAUAAAGGUAAGCAAGGGAUUGUUUCUUAAAAUAUUGCAAAGGUGAUUGAUUAUGAAGUUACAAAACCUAUUGUAGUACCUUUCACAUAAUGGAAACAAUAAAUACCUGUUCUGUGGCUAUAUGAACAAAAUUGCAUCAGUACCAAGGACCUAUUGUUUAUUCUGACUGACUGAUCAGAGACAAAGGAAGAGGUUUGCUUUGGGCUUUAAGUCCCUUGUUCUUAUAGGGUUCUGGGCUUAAGGAAAAAUUGAUUUUUGUGGUAUGUAACUUAGAUACAGGUGAGAUAGUGCAUCAUGAAAAUGAAUAGUUACGUGGAGCUGUUCAAAUUGGAGAAUGAUAAGGUAUGAGUUGUGCUCAAAUGGAUGCACACAAUGUGGUACAUAAAGCAAAAUGAGGGUGUGAAACCUUAGGUGUGAAGAGAGCCUAUUUAGAGAGAAUAAUGCAGUGUAUAAAGUGUGAAGUGUAACAUGAUGUUUAACUUUGGGGUAAAUAGAAAACUUGCCAACUGGGAAAAUUAUAAAAUGAAAUAAAACAUUGAGCAGUUGCACCUCUAAAGAAAAACUAAAUAAAUUAGGCAGUUUAGCCCAGAGAAGGAAGGACCAUGAGGAGAAAUGGAUUUUUCUUGGUAUUUUAAAGAUUACUAUACAGAGGAGAGUGAAAAGGAAAAGUAUUUAAAUUGCAUAGCAUUCAGAUGAAGUGUAAGAGAAUUCCUUGGGAUAUGAAACCAAGUAUUUUUUCCUCUGGAAGUAUGGGAGAUAUACUUCUUAAUGUGGCAUAUUUCUGCAUAAAAAAACAGGACCAGAUUCAUUUAUCAAAUACUUAUUUGAGCACCUAGUAUGUACCAGGAACUUGGGAGACAUCAGUGAACAAAGACUACUUUUAUAGACCAGUUCUUUAAAGUCACAGGUGCUAAAGGGCAAAUCAGCAAGAUUCCAAAAGGCAAAGGCAGUUGCCUAUUUUUAGUACACUUUACAAGAAUUUAACCACUUCAUUUGAUAAUACUGAUCAGUAAGAGAAUAUUUAUAGAGUCUGGGGUCCUUUGUGAAAGCAUGUUUUCAUUCCUGUGGUGUUAUUUCCUUCAGAUGUUAACUAGGAGCACUAUGUGUUGAGGAAACCUUAUCAAGCAUCUAGGGGGAACAGAAUACCAUUUGUGAAGUUACUGUUUGUUUUCUGCUCUGCUUUAUCCUAUAGGUCUGAUCUAGGCCAUAGUGACCCUGUUCAGGAUCACUUGCUAUUUAAGAAGACUCUCCUGCCAGUCUGGAAGAUGAUAGCCAGUCACAGGUUCAGCAGUCUGUUUCUGAAGCCUGUGUCAGAAAGGCAGGCCCCAGGAUACAAGGAUGUGGUGAAAAGACCCAUGGACUUAACUAGCCUGAAAAGGAACCUGUCUAAGGGACGUAUUCGCACCGUGGCUCAGUUCCAGAGGGACCUGAUGCUGAUGUUCCAGAAUGCUGUGAUGUACAAUGACUCUGAUCAUCAGGUGUACCGUAUGGCUGUGGAGAUGCAGCGAGAAGUCUUGGAACAGAUUCAGGUGCUGAGUAUUUGGUUAGACGAAAGAAGAGUCUUAAAUAGUCUGGAAUGAGAACUAACAAGCCCCAUGGAUGAUGGAAAACCUAUUUUGCUAACUUGGAGCUGCUACCCUGAACUUUUCUGGAAUUUGGAUCUUUCAUUGAGACUCUGACCUAGAGAAGAUCCCAGUACUUGUUUACCACUUCUCUGUUUUCUUUUCCAAUAAGAAUAAUGCCUUAACUUACAACCAAAGAAUUAAAGGUGCCCGUGGACAUAAUAUAAAGAAAACACAGAAAGCUGAGAUUUGGGGUUAUGCCAUAUAUAUUGCCCAUGUCUUUGUUUCAUAGGCUUAAUUUAGAGGUAAAUAGAUGAAACUUCUUUUACUGCUCUUUAAAUAAAUGUUAUUUCACAAGUCAA